GUAUUUGUAGUCGCGUGCGCACCAAUAUCGAAUACGUCGGCGGUGAAGCUAGGUGUUCAGAGGUCGCAUUUCCUGUGAGACAGUGUAGACUCGUAAACAAUUGGUCACAGGAGCGCUAUACAUUCUACACACCGUUGUCACUUAUCGUGAUUCUGAUAGGCAGAGACCUGGGCCAGGGCCGAGGCGCCCCGGUCCCUAACAAAGGCCAUGUCGCAGUCAGCCCACAGCGCAGGAUGACAUUAGCAAGCUUUGCUCUGGCGCUGCUGCUUGGAUUGUCUCUUGCGAUAUCAGCUACAGAUGCUGCUGGCACGGCAGAGACGGUGUUGGUGCCCGCGCCAUGCUCCGCCUUCACGGGGGCAAAUUCCUUAGAUGAGCUUGCGCGGGCGUGCCCGGAGCUCAGCACGUUCGCGAAGCUAUUAGCGACCGCGGACAACUAUGGCAAGUGGAUGCUGGACUGCGGGAAGCGGUGCGGGACGCUGCAGAAGCUGCCGCGCACGGUCUUCCUCCCUGUCAAUGUGGCGUGGCAGAAGUACUUUACAGCCACGGGGACGACGCUGGCGGGGCUGACCAGCAAAAAGUCGCGUAAAGCGCUCACAGCGCUAAUGAGGUACCACGUGCUCGCCCAGGUGGUCACCUCCUCCCGGGUGCCGCUCGCCGUGGAUGCGGUCGGCAGUAGCGCCGCCGGCAGUAGCAACAACGGCAGUAGCAACAACGGCAGUACCAUCGGCAGCGUCGCUGUCAGCAGCAGCGGCGGGGAGGAGGUGGAGACGCUGCAGGGCGGGAGCAUAACACUAGCGCGGCGGCCCAACACCUCCACCAUACGAGUGGAGGGCAGCCGCAACCAGGCGGUGGUGCUUCACGCAGACAUCAGCCUGGGCACGCCGGUGGUGCACCUGGUGAGCGACGUGUUGCUGCUGGAGGCGGACCCGCCGCCGCCCCCCGAGCUGCCCUCGCCCAUGCCCUCCCCCUCGCCGCCCCCGCCCUCCCCCUGGGCCACCCCGGCGCCCUCACCCGCCUACGCCUCCCCGACCCCGACCCCGACCCCGACUCCCUCACCCGCAUCCGGAACCGGCGGAACCAGCCCGAAGCCGCUGUCGCGGCCCGGCACGCCCAUCACCGGAUCCACGAUCUUCAACCUCACGUGGGAUCGCAAUGUGGACAUGGAUCUCAUUGUGGUGGCGUCGUGGCCGGAGACUGAUACCACCGACACCAUGACUAUGUUCUACGGAUACACGGGCCCGGAGGCGCUGCUGGGCGGCGGCGCCAUGUCCGCCUCCACGUCCGGCGGCAGCGGCGCGCUCACCGGCUUCUACAGCCGCACCGCCGGCUCCUGGGAGGCGCUGGCCUGGCCCAACCCGCUUAAACCCGCGCCGGCCGUGUACACGAUCUGCUCCUUCUUCUACAACCUGGAGUGGGCGCCCGGCACCGUCAUCAACGCCGACUCGCCCGUCACGCCGGCCUUCUCCGUCAUUACCGGAGCUGACCAGAAUGCAGGCGCGGGCCGAGGCACCGCCGGCAGCAGCAGCAGCAGCAGCAGCAGCAGCAGCAGCAGCAGCAGCAGCAGCAGCAGCAGCAGCAACGGCAGUGGCAGCAAUAGCGGGGAGGUGCUGGUGGGAACGCUGAGCCGGCCGCUGUGGAAGCCGGGGGAGUUCAGCUUCACGCUGCUGCCGCGCAACUGCUCGCCCGACUGCGCCUGGUACCUGGGGCAGGUGUGCGUGGACGGCGCGGGCAAGGUGCGCGUGGUGAGCGGCACGGAACGCUGCUGAUGAGCCGGCGCCUGAGAGCGGGUUGCCGUUGCGGACACACGGAUGCAUGCAGGCAGGUAGGCAGGUAGGAGCUUGAAAUGCUGGUACCGGUACCGGGCGGUAAUAAACGCAAAAUUCUCGUCUUUUUAAUCUCUGUUGAGGUGAGGUGAUUGUGGGCGGCCCAGCGGCCGCGCCGCCGCGGCAAUGCGGGAAGUUGUCGUUGCGGCUGCGAACAAAAGGAAACUGGAUUUAGGCAUGGGCGGUUGGAUGGCAUUGCUGUGAGCGUAGCGAAGGGCCUUGGACGCUUUGAGGGAUCUUGCGCCAGGGCGCGACUGGUGCUCGGGCGGUUGGCAGCUUGUCUUUUAGCAUUGCUGGGUUGACUCGAGUGUGGGCGCUGCAUCACAGCGCUGCAUUGUGUGUGUUGUGAACCCCUUUGCUGGAUGAGCAUGCGUUCCACGGUUUGUGUGGGGCGUCACGGCACGCGUGUGGUAUGUCGUUGGCAGGGUUGUUCCGCGUUGUCCGGGGGUGUAGCUUGCAGGAUGGAUACCGCCAAUCCGUGUGCUACCGCGUCAGUUGUGUGCCGCGGCCUUGGACACAUGUUUGACACGGCCUCGGGUCUGUGCCGUGGCAUGAUAACCUUUCGGUCCCAAAUGCCACGACGUGCAUUCAACUGGGCUGCUGCUGGAUGUGUCUUGGACAUGGGUCUGCGGCGUCCGGUACUCAAGAGCCUGCUCGGCCCAAAGUGGUUGUGCGGCUCGCUUCAAGUGCGGGCGCGGCUGAGCGAGCUUUCACGCUGAGGCGCUGCGGCAUGGCUCGUGAGUGCGGCGUGGUGCGGGGCGUGUGCAUAGGGACCAGCGGUUUGUUUUGAGGGGAGGAAGGGGUCUCUUGAUGAACACGAGCUCGGGCGCGUGGCUGGUGCGGGCGCGUGGCUGGUCGAGCUUCCACACGAAGGCGCUGCGGCAUGGGCGCGUGCGGGCGCCGUGGUGCGGGACGCGUGCGUAGGGACCAGCAAUCUGUUGUGAGGGGAAGAAGGAGUUGGAGUUGGAGGUGGGUGUGACACAUGCAUGCAUACAUAGACGGGAGCGGUUGUGUUCUUUCUACCGGUGUCGGGUGUUAGCUGGGCAAACAAUACAUGCCUCGACGGCAUCCCUGAACAGUACACGCAUGUCACAGACUCUACAAAGCCAGGGCCUGGUGUUUGCGGCCGGCGCUUACCCACAUCCCUUCGCGCCGUUGUGAGUAGAAUGGCAGGAUUCGGAAAUGUUGAUGGUGUGUGGUGACUGGUGAGGACAUGCGCGGCCUGCUGGCAAGUUGGAAGGUUGGAAGUGGAACGCAUGGGCUCCAUGAUUGUUGUGUAGGUCCAUGGGGAGUUGGCGUUUGGCCCACGCAAACAGCGAGGCGAGUCAAUGGCGAGUCAGGACCACCGGGGUGGUGGCAAUCACACGUCAUUUGCACAUAAAGUCCACAGGGGUGGUAAAGAUUGGACACAAGGCGUGCGUGGGGCUAGGUGGGAGCUGUGGGACGUCCUGGCGUCGCGCGCUAGCGGACACCGUGGGCACGGCGGAUGUCGGCAGCGGGCACUCCAGUGAGCCGAGAGUUCCUUGUCAACCUUGCCAAUG